AUGGGUGAUCUCUCGGACGGCGAGUCCGGUUUCGCGCCCAGCGGCACCCCCGGCCGCUCGCGGAACAUGGAGGCUCUCCUCAGAGCCACUCGACGGCUCCUGACCCAUGACCUGCACCCACCGGCUCUCCAGUCUGCAUCCCAGAAGGUCGGAACAGUGGGUAAAAAAAUGCGCACUGCCAAGCGCCUCCGGCCUUCACCCAGACGCACCGGCGCCCCGACCCCUGCAACGGCCCGAAAGCGCAAGCGCCGCAAUGUCGCCGCAGCCCCCCCCCGGUAUGCUGCAUCCCCCCCAGCCACACCACAAAGCCGCCCCAGUUUGAGAGAAGCUGAGACCACAACCGGUUCGCCACAGCACACCGAACUGGUCUCGCCUCCCCCACCCGCGCAGCACGAAGUGGCCACGCACUCCCCCCACCCCCCCAGCAGCCUGAUACAGCAGGGGACGGUGCGGCAGACGAAAAGAGCCCGCAUACAAGUACGCUCUCCAGUCACCCCCUCUCAUCCGCUUCCACGAGCCCUUCCGAGAGCUCCUCCUCCCCCCCGCCAUCGACCGAGAACACCCCGAGCAGCGAGGACACCUCCUCUCCAGCUUGCACCCGAUCCCCUUCCCCCGUCGGAUCGCGAGGCGCCCGAGCUGUCAGAGGGAGAGGAACCAGUCCAGCAAGUCCACCACGUGGCCCACACGCGGGCAGAGGUAGAAGAACCGGCAGAACCGGCUGCUCAACCCCCCGCACAUCACGGGGCACCCAAGCUCCCGGAGGGAGAGAAACCGGAGGCGAUUGCGGCACAGCUGUCGCGGGUGGCUGGCGCGCACCGGGUCAGAGUCAACUUCCGACUCAACAUUGUCGCGGUUGAUGCUGCCACUGAAGCUCCACUGGACCCGCUCCUCGCAGUCACAGAAAUAUGUGGCGUCCCGGUUCGUGCGACGACGGCCCCGGCCGACUCCUGCACGGGAUACGUCUUCGGCGUCGACCGCAACCUCAGCGAUGACACCCUGCUGGCGAACAUCGAGUCGGGUGUUGCGGUGCUGGGGUGCUUCCGUGCGGGCAGAAACAUUGUCCUCCGCUUCGCGGGCAGGAAGCUCCCUGCUGAGGUCGCACUGUUUAAGGUGCGCCGGUCCGUGCUCACGAAGCGCCCGCGUCCUAGGCAGUGCCACCACUGUGGCGCCUACGGCCAUGUGGCCGCGACCUGCACCUCGGAACAACGUUGCCUUCGUUGUGCGGGUGCCCACAAAACAUCCGGCUGCACGGCCAAACAAGCCACCUGCCUGAACUGCAGCGGCCCUCACGCGGCGACAGAGCCGCGCUGCCCCAGCUGGCAGCACGAAAGGAAGGUCGCCGAGACCCUCGCCUCGUCUGAGCUGCCGAUAUCUCGCCGCCAAGCUACCGUCCUAGUCCGCACCACGGGACAACGCACCACACAGGGACCGCAACAACUCGCCGUCUCCCGUGUCUCGUCCCGAGUGCAACCUGGCCGGAGCUUCUCCGACGCCGCGGGCGACCGCCCGGAGAGGUUGCCCGUCGAGGGCAACACGUCGACGCCUCCGCCCCGAUCGCCCUCGGCGUCUCCCGACUCACGCGACGCCGUCAUCGCGCUGUUGACUGCCGCGCUCGCGUUCGCGACAGAGUUUUGCCGCAGGACUGCCCCGCACGCCCACUGUGCGCGGCCGCCCUUGCCGCUCAACGAACACUGGCCAGCCAUGGCAGUUAGACCUCAGGGUGCCUCUCGGCCGCGCAUAUUGCAGUGGAACUGCAACUCCCUGCGCCGCCGACACGCUGAGCUCGCAGAGCACCUUCCUCUGCACGACUACGACGUCCUCGCUUUACAGGAAACGUACGCACGUGCAGAGGAGGUCUCGCUGCCGGGCUACAUCGGCUACAGCAGUGCGUCGGACUGUGCCAUGGCUGAGUGUGACGCUGCGCCGUGCUCCGAUGACGCGCAUCCGCCUGGCCGCCCCCGCGUCGCAGUCUACGUGCGAGCCGCCAUUCCUCAUGCGCGGGUCCCCACGGACCACCUGUGCUCCGCGAUGAUCGAGUGCGUGGCCGUCACUGUGCGCGUGCGCGGCACCAACACCUCGGUGUCCAGUGUUUACGUUCGCGCGGGUUCCCGUCGCGCUGACUACUCGUUUGUUGUGCGCCUCACUGCGCUGCUCUCGCCCGACACCGUCGUGUGCGGCGAUUUCAACGCCCACCACGGUGACUGGGGCAGUGCCAGGAGCAAUGCGCGGGGAGGGGACUUGUCGUCUGCCGUCGCGGCUGCGGGCCUCACCGUCCUCAACAGUGGGGAAGCGACGUUCGUGCGCCGGGACGGAGUCGCCACAGUGAUCGAUCUGGCGUUUGUCUCGGAGCGCUGCUCUUACUCCUGGCAGCGUGCUCCGGACACCGCCGGAUCCGAUCACUACCCCAUCACCCUGUGCCCCACCAGGCCAAGUCGCGGAGCCACGCGCGUGUACGCUGUCGUGCGGUGGCCGCUUUUCCGCGAGAUGUGUGCGAGACCGUCGCGCUCCAGUGAUUACUUCGCGCACAUCGCGGAGUGCGCGGGCCGUGCCACGACACGCGUGAUCGUCCCCGCCGGCACGCCCUGCCCCGACAUCAAGUUGCUGAACGUCCGCGCGGCUCGCCGACGUGCUCAGCGACGCGCGGUCCGCUCCGGUGCCGCCGCGGACUGGACUACGUACAAUCGUCUUGAUGCGGUGUGCAGGCGACACGCGAGGCAGCUGCGCCGACGUAGCUGGGCGGGCCUCUGCUCGUCGCUCGCAAAACCCCGCAACCAACACCGCGGCUGGCGCGUCCUGAGUGCGCUGCUGAACCCCAGGACACCACGGUUCCCUGUGCUCGCCAUCGCUGUGGCGCACGGCAUCAGUGAGCUAGCGCUCGCCGAACAGCUGGCGGACGCCUUUGCUGCUGCCGCCACCGCUCCCCUCCUUGAUGUGCCUGCGGUCGCGCUGCGGGCGCUCUACGUGGCUGUGUUCGUGCGGGGUGGAGAUCAGUCAACCCACGCGCAGGCAAUCACAAGUCUGUGCGAGGAAGACUUCACCUUUCACGAGCUGCAGCGCGUGCUGCGCCGAGGGCGGCGCCGCAGUGCGCCCGGGCAGGACGGAGUCACCCACCAAAUGCUGCGCAACCUGGACGAAGAUCAGCGACACCUCCUGCUCAACGCAUUCAACGGUGUCCUGCGCAGCGGGUGCCUCCCGGAGUCCUGGCGCUCCGCGCUCGUGGUGCCAGUGCUGAAGAGUGGCAAGCCGCCUCGCAGCCUCGCCUCGUACAGGCCCGUCUCUCUAAUGUCAGUCCCUGGCAAGACGAUGGAGGCGAUGGCCUUGUCUAGGCUCCAAUGGAUUGCGGACAUCCGCGGUGUUUUUCCGCCUGAACAGUGUGGGUUCCGCACGCAUCGCUCCACGGCCGACUGCCUUGCCGCCGUUGUGGGCACGCUGGAGCAGGCGAGUCGCGACGGCCACGCCGCGUUCCUGCUGCUCUUGGACGUCCAGAGCGCGUUCAACUCCCUGCCCCACGACACCAUCAUCUCGGCUGUGCGCGCUCUUGGUGUAGAGGGCAGGCUUCUGGCGUACGUGCGGGCCUUCCUAACCGACAGGUCGUCCGUUGUUCGGGUUGGGCGGGCGACGAGCUCGCCCCGUUCAGUGACGUGCGGUGUGCCUCAGGGGAGUGUGUUGAGCCCCUUUCUGUUCAACCUCGCACUCGCGCCCAUCAGCGAGUGCGUGCUCAGCAGUGGGCACCUCCCUGUGCGUGCCGUUGUCUACGCGGACGACGUGGCGCUCUUCGUCCGUGGCCCGCCGGCGGCGAUGGCGCGGAUGCGUGUGCAGCUGCAGGCGGCGGCGGAUGCGGUCGGCGACUUCCUGCGGGCCAUCGGCCUGCGCUUGUCGGCGGCAAAGUCGGAGGCCAUCAUGGUCCAUCCGCGCGCUGCUGCCCGGCGCCACACUGGCUGCGUGGUCGUCGACGGUGUCCCCCUUCCCUGGCGGCUGACGGUGCGCUACCUCGGGCUCACCAUUGACCAUCGCCUGACAUGGUUCCCUGCCGUGAAGCGGCUUCGCGCUGCCAUGCGGAAAGUUGAGGGCGCGGUGCGGGCGCUCCUCGCGCGUGGUGACGGCUGCCCCCCCUCGUUCGCGGUUGGCAUGUACGGUGCAGUGGCGCUGUCCAGGGUCCUGUACGCGCUCCCACUGUGCAACCUGCGACCGCAUCUGUGGCGACACAUCGACGCCGACCACCGACGAGUGCUUCGCAUGUGCCACGGCCUGCCCAGUGCUUCUCGUGUCGCAGAAACGCUCGCGGAAACCGGCGCCUGGCCCCGCCUCUCCCGUGCCCCCGGUGCCGGCCCCAUGCUGUCAUACCUGCGCGAGCUGCCCAAGUCGCGUGUGGGGGAGCUCCUCGAGCUCUUCGACAGCCUGGUGGUCGACGCCCCGGCCUCCCCUGCAGCCUGGCCGCCACCAAACCAGCGUGUGCCGUUGCGCGUGUGCCUCGACCUGCCGGGCGUCCGCUCCAAGCACCGCACGCCUCGUUGCGCUGUGAUGCAGGAGGCUGCUGCUCGAAUACACGAUGACCUGGUGGGGAGGGCACACCUGUACACUGACGGUUCUGUCCGCCAGGACGGUUCCGCGGCCGCCGCCUGCGUUGUGCCGCACCUCGAUGUCGCGAGACAGUGCCGCCUGUCCUACCGAGCUUCCUCCACCACAGCGGAGCUUGUGGGUCUCCAUCUGGCGGCCGACAUCCUCGAAGAGUCGCCGUUCCUGAACCGAGUGGCGAUUCUUUGCGACUCGAGGUCCGCUUUGCGCCAGCUGCUGCUCGACGAGCGUGCGCCGCCACUGGCACAGCGCGUUGCCUGCAGGCUGCAUGCUCUACAGCGACAGGGGUGCGACCUGUGCCUCCAGUGGAUACCGUCGCACGUCGGUGUCGCCGGGAACGAGGCAGCUGAUGACCUGGCAAGGCGCGCCCACGAUCCCCUAUCCCCGCUGUCGACGCGAGUCAACUCGUUUGACGAGGCGCGGCUUCAUUUCAAACGGGAGCUCGCGCUGCGCCACCCCGACAGCCGCGUCGCGCGCGGUCGCCCGCCACGCCUGCUUCCGGAAUCCGGCUUCACGAGGAGAGAGCGAGCCUUCCUCCUCGCACUCCGGACCGGCGGCGGAUGCCUGGACGGCACCGUCGUGUUGGCGCGCGUCAUCCCCGUCGUCAGCAACAUCGACGACGCGGACGCCGCUUCGCUGGAACGGUUCGGGGCGUUCGCGGUGUGCGCCUCGUGCAAGGACUCGCUGGUCCGCGGCGUCGUCCCUUCGAUUUGCGUCGCCUACGGCUACAGGUACCCUCCGCGUCCUGCGCACUUGCCGGAACUCAAGGCGGUGGAAGAACGGCUGAUCUCGCCUCGACUGCCGUUCAUGAGCAUCCGGCGGUUGACGCGGGCGACGGGGCAGUACGGCAUCAGGGGGCAGGUGGUCAACGUGCCGAUCGAGGUCCCCGAGGUCGUGCUCCAGCUGCCCCGGAGGGUACCCGAAGACGCGGCAACCUCUGAAGAGAAGAAGAGAACAACAGAGAAGCAAUAA